GUCGGGUGACUGUUUCUUCGUCUUUGCCUGAUCAAGCUAAAUCUCGUCCUCAAAUGAUCUAGUCACUGAUCCCUAUCUGGUUGACCAUGUCUUCUUACCCCUCAAGUCGACCUCAAGACCGCAAUGCGUUCGAAGUUGCGAUCAUCUGUGCCUUGAGCCUUGAAGCUGGUGCCAUGAUCGCGUUAUUUGAUGAGUUUUGGGAGCAUGACGCGCAGUACACAAAAGCUCAUGGAGAUACCAACAGCUAUACCAUCGGUCGGAUCGGCUCACAUCACGUGGUAUUGGUCCAUUUGUCUCACAUGGGAAAGGGAUCAGCGGCCAACGUCGCAGCAAAUCUACGAUCAAGUUUCCCCCAGAUUCGACUGAAUCUACUGGUCGGGAUCUGCGGGGGUGUUCCCUUCACGAAUGACACAAAUGAUGGCAGGCACGAAAUUAUCCUGGGAGACGUCGUUAUCAGCACAUACAUUGUCCAAACAGACUUUGGGCGGCAAUACUCGGAUUCCCUUAUCCGCAAGAACACCCCACUAGACAAUCUCGGCAGACCCAGUCCGGAAAUCAAUGCCUUUCUGUCCAACUUGCAGGUCAGAUCUGUGCAGACAAAGCUUGAAGCGCACACCCGGACGCAUCUUAUGACGGUGUUGGCGACGGAAGACUUUCAGUCGGCAUAUCCUGGAGUCCAUGAUGAUAACCUUUAUGAGAGUAUCUACCGUCAUAAGCAUCAAGAUACACAGGCUUGCGCAAUCUGUGCCAAGUCAAUGUACCCUGAGGAUAGCAUUUGCAGAUCUGCCUUGAGCUUACCGUGUGCUGAGCUCGGGUGUGACGCAAGUCGAUUGAUUCCCCGCUGCCGGAUUGAAGACAAAAUCAACAAAGGCAGUGAUCCGCACAGUCCGAUGGUCCACUUUGGCGCGAUUGCAUCAGGAGACCAGGUACUAAAGUCUGCGCAGCACCGAGACCGCAUUGCUCGGCAGGAAAAUGUAAUUGCUUUUGAGAUGGAAGGAGCCAUGUUGUGGGAAUCAAUCCCGACUAUUGUGGUCAAAGGGAUGUGGUACGAUUUUAAGAACGCCCCGCUAAAGGUCAUUGCCUACCACGAGCGGCACCCCGAGAAGCCCCCGCUGCCCGAGUUCUUCGCCCGCUGGGCCUCCUCGCACACCACGCCGGCCACUACACCAGCCGGUUCACCCGGGGCUCAACCAACUGAUACACCAGUUAGUGCCUCCGACGACCUCUACGGAACCACGCCAGUUGCUUCCCCCGGGCACCUCGCCGGUUGGCCCGCCAGUUGGCUUGCCAGUUAGCUUACCAGACCUCUCGCCGGUCGGUUCUCCACUCAGCUCGCCCCCGGACUCGCUGGUCGACCCUUUCUCGCCAUCCUCGCAGCCAUUUGGGCCAUUUCCUCGGCUAAUUGGCCAGCCUUCGCCAGUUAGCCUGGCUCCCCGGCGAACUGGUCAAACGUCCCCGCCAGUUGGCGCCUUGACUGCCUCCGCGCACCGAGAUUCCCUUCCCGCAGUCGUCCGGCUCGAUUUCACCACUGCCCUCGCAGGCAACCGGUCAACUUGACCCACCAGUUAGCCAAGAACCGCACACAACUAGCCAGCCCACGCCAGUUAGUCAAGCACCGCAGCUAACUGGCCAAUCUAUGCCAGUUGACCCUCGCCGAAGCCGCCGUCUGCGAGGCCAGUCGCCCACAAAUCAGCCUCUGCGGCCUCAACCCGCGCGAACUGGUCAAAUCGGGCUUGGAAGGCUG